CACGAUGAACUUCUAUCCUCCGCCCCCAAUCAUCCAAGCCGAGGUCUAUGUGCGCAUCCCGGACUCCCUCCGGUGCACCGGUCAGCCCACAGAAUGGCGCCCGGGAUCCGCCAACCCCGCGUCGGAUAUUUUCCUGGAGGGGCCAACCUACGUCUCCAACGGGGACCUGUACCUCGUCGACAUCCCGCACGGCCGGAUCCUGAAAGUGGACAUUGACAAAAAUGUGAGCGAAUGUGUCCGGUGGGACGGCGAGCCCAACGGGCUGGUGGUGCGUGAGGACGGAUGCAUCGUGGUGGCGGAUUACAAGCAGGGCCUGCUGCUCUUCGACCCCUCCACCAGCAGAGUCAGCCCCCUCCUGCCCCGCCGUAACCUGGAGCGCUUCAAAGGCCCCAACGACCUGAUCAUCGCCUCCACGGGCGACCUCUACUUCACGGACCAAGGCCAGACGGGCCUCUCCGACCCCACGGGGCGCGUGUACCGCCUCACCCCGGCGGGAAAGCUCGACACUCUGGUCGCCAACGGCGUCUCCCCGAACGGGUUGGCUCUGUCCCCCGACGAGCGGUUCCUGUACGUGGCCAUGACGCGGGCCAACGCCGUGUGGCGCCUCCCGCUGUAUGCCGACGGCACCACCAGCAAGGUGGGGUUGUUCUUCCAGUCAUUCGGGUGCGCGGGGCCCGACGGGCUGGCCGUCGAUGAGGAGGGGAAUCUUUUUGUGUGCCACCCCAGUCUGGCAUCGGUGUUUGUCGUCGAUAGGGAGGGGGUGCCCAAGGCGAGGAUCGUGAGUGCGGUGGGCGGUGGAAGGAAUUUGACGAAUUGUACGUUUGGGGGCGUGGAUGGGUGCUCGUUGUUUAUUACGGAUAGUAUUGAGGGGGUCGUGCAGGUGGUCAGGUGGCAUUGUCGGGGGCUGCCUGUUGCCCGGGGGGUAAAAGGGUAG